CUUUCCUUUACUUCUUUGUCUUUGCAUGCCCACUAUAUAAAUAUAAGAAGCCUCCACUGCCGAGCUCAACUCUCACCCUCUCGCACCAACUCUCAGAUCUCUGUCUCUGUUGCCUGAGCUUGUCUAAUUGUCUUGAUCGAGCUCUGCAAGGGACAAUGAGCGCGGAAGAGAGAGCAGAAUGCUCAAUCAUGGCACUAAAGAAGAAGGACAAGGUUUCCAUAAUCAAUCGUGUUAAGAAGAAGCCUCGCAGGUCAUCUUCGCGUAAGAGGAGUCUCCAGAAGGUAAAAAGGGGGACUUUCAAGCGGAUUCAAGAUGAGAUGGCGGAGGUGAGAGCAGAGACUAAUUCCGUGAAAGAGUGCCAAGAGACGAUCCUGACGGAGUUGGAUGAUCUCAGAUCUGAUAUCGCUCAUACCAGGGAGGUCAAUAAACAUGUUAUCAGGCACAACACGCGCACCCACCAGUUGCUUGAUCUUAUGCUUGCUAGGAUCAUUACUGGUUCGGGAACAGUGCCAUAGCAUGGAUCAAGUCUCCUGUGAUUCAAGGAAGACCAACACAACUGAUACACAUCUUGUGACCACCUUCAUACCAUUGUGUUUUUAUAGUGUUUUUCUGUUUUUGUAUAAUACGCCUAAACAUCAUGUUAACAUUCGUAAUAACAUUGUACUUUUAUGAUGUAAUGAUUGUUCUGAUCAUGUUGUAGUGUAUUUCAAUCUUUCUAUAUUAAACCUGUCUAUUUUGGGGCUUGUAUA